CUCCUCAUCUGAGGAAAAGAGUCAUAACGGUAGCUCCUCCCAGGGUUGCCGCAGGGACGAAGUGGGGUGAUAUCUGCUGAGUGCUAAGGACCUGGGCACAGAAUGAGAGUCGAGUAUUAGUCACCAGCCCUGUCACCAUUCCCAUCCUCAGCCCUGUCACCGUCAUCACCGUUGUCAUCAUCACUGUCAUCUCCUCACUUGGAAUCCAUUGACUGGCUUUGAGUCCAGCUUCCCGGGGCAGCGCUGAGAUCAGUCUUGGCAUCUGUCGCGGGGGUGGUGGGGGUGACGACAGCUACCUUCCAGGGUUCCUGGAACCCUUCAGGGUGCCCCCAUGAAGGGCAGGGAGUGUGGGUGUGCGUGCGAACCCAGGGCUCAUGGGGCUUAGGACUCAGAGGUCCUCCUUGCUCUCCCUGAGGCUGGGCCUGUGGCCUUGAGCAGGUUCCUUAACCUCCCCGAGCCUCAGUUCCCUGCCUGGCCGGAGGGUGCAGCCUCAGCGCCGUCCUGGAGCUCUCCCUGCCCCGACCGGCUCAGGAACAGCCCACACUCCCCUCUCUGUGCCCUUUGCAAUCAUGAUGUACAUCGCUGCGCCCUUUCUGCUAUGAGUGGUGGGGAACUCGUUGUAGACGGUGUUUCUGCUCCAGCUGGCUCGCCGCGGCUGGGGCUGUGGUUUGGCCUUGACCUUCCUGUGAUCUUGUAUGCCUUUGCCCCGAAUCUCCUCCUGUCAUCCUGAAGCUCUAUACCAGGUCCUGUCCUGGGCAUGGGCCUGCCUUGCCGACUGGUGUUGGCCAGGGGCGGCACCCUCCAGGGGGCAGAUAGUACCCAUGCUCCCAGGCCAUGACUGAGUGAGUAGGGGGGCACAGAGGGGACUUACUGGACCCCUUGAGGGUCUCAACGCUGUGCCCUGUGCUGUGGGGGGGUCCCCAAGGAAAAAGGCAACCAGCCCCCAUCCCCUAUCCCCACUGGGGAGCUUCUCCUCCUGUGAGGAUGCUGGGCAGGGGACUCCUUUUCAAACUCAAGCCAGACACCUGACAGUUGGCCUGUGCCCUUGCUGGGCCCUGAUUCCUCAACUCCAGGGGUGGAGGGCUGGUGACCUUACCUCUGGGACCAGUGCUUGGGACAGGGUCUGGGCAGGGCCGAAGGAUGUGAGGGAACAGGCUCUGUGGGCGAGUGAGCGGGGGAUGAAAUCCCAGCUCUGCCUCUUCUGCACACGUGACCUUGGUGGGUGAAGGACUCAGAGCCUUUGUUUCUUCAUCUGUGUAAGGGGAUAAUACAAGCACCCAGCCCCUAGCCUCCGGGGAGAGAAGAGGAUCUAGUAUACGUAAAUUGCUGGGCACAGUGGGAAUGCUCAGUACACCCCCGAGUACUGCUGUGACUUAGUCCGGCUCUCUUCCCCAGCUCCCACCCGUGGAUGUGAUGGCAGUGCCGGCUCUGUCCUGCUAUCUGUCCCUCCUUGUCUUCCCCCUGGCCCUGGCCAUCCCUCAGGGAUUCACAGCGACAGAUGCAGACACCCCCAAGCUCACAUGCUUCUACAACUCAAAAGCCAACAUCUCCUGUGCCUGGAGCUGGGACGGGGACCCGCAGGCCUCGUCCUGCAAGAUCCAUGCUUGGCCAGAUAGACGGCCUUGGAACAGAUCCUGCGAGCUGCUCCCACUGAGCCCGGCGCUCUGGGUCUGUCACCUGAUUCUUGGAUCCCCAGAUGCUCAGAGUCUGACCGCGGCUGACAUUGUCAAAAUGAGCGUGAUAUGCCACGAAGCGGGGAGGUGGAGGACACUGAUGACCCAGGACUUCAAGCCCUUUGAGAGUCUUCGCCUGAUGGCCCCCGACUUACUCCAAAUCACCCAUGUCGGGACCCACAAAUGCAACAUAACCUGGAAAGUCCCGCAGUCCUCCCACUACAUUGAAAGUUACCUGGAGUUUGAGGCCCGGACAAGGUCCCCAGGCCACAGCUGGGAGGAGGCCUCCGUGCUGAUCCUCAGGCAAAACCAGCAAUGGAUUUGCCUUGAGACACUUACUCCGGGCACCUUGUAUGAAUUUCAAGUGCGGGUCAGGGCCCACCUAGGCAGUCACAAAGCUUGGAGUCCCUGGAGUCAGCCCCUGGCCUUCAGGACGAGGCCUGCAGGAGAGCGGACUCUGCCCUUUCCUUGGUUUGGCCAUGUCAUCGUGGGCAUCAGCAGCGUCUUCGUCUUUCUCGUCUUGGUCUACUUAUUGGCCAACUGUCCGUACAUCGGACCGUGGCUAAAGAAGGUUCUGAAGUGCCACAUCCCAGACCCGUCAGAGUUCUUUUCCCAGCUGAAGUCAGAGCAUGGAGGAGAUUUCCAGAAGUGGCUCUCCUCGCCCUUCCCCUCGUCAUCCUUCAGUCCCAAUACCCAGGCACCCGAGAUCUCCCCACUGGAGGUGCUGGACCGGGACACCAAGGCCACACAGUUGCUCCUGCUGCAGCAGAAGGGGCCCUCACCCUCGGCCGAGACCAGCGGCCACUCGCUGACCAGCUGCUUCACCAACCAAGGUUACUUCUUCUUCCAACUCCCGGACGCUCUGGAGAUCGAGGCCUGCCAGGUGUACUUCAGCUAUGACCCCUGCACAGAAGAGUCCGAGGAUGGCGGGGCUGGGGCACCUGAGGGGUCUCUCCUCUCACCCCUGCCACCCCUGCCACCCCUGCCAGCAGAAGACGAUGCCUACUGCACCUUCCCCCCGGGGGAUGACCUGCUUCUCUUCUCUCCCAGGCUCCUGGGUGGCCCCGGCGCCUCCAACACCAUGGCUAGGGGCACUGGAGCCUGUGAAGAGAAGCUGCCCUCCUCUCUGCAGGAGGGAGCUCCCCGAGACUGGGCCCCCCAGGCCCUGGUGCCUCCCAACCCAGGAGCGUCUGACCCGGGGGACAGCCAGCCACCGCUGGAGCGUGCCCUGGGAGAAGCAAGAGAGGAGGUCCCGGCCCCUGGCCCCAGGGAGGGGAUCGGCUUCCCCUGGGCUAGACCCCCCGGGCGAGGCCAGGUCGGAACCCCUGCCUCCUGCCUGACCCUGAACACCGAUGCCUAUGUGUCUCUCCAAGAGCUGCAGGAGCAGGACCCGGCUCACUUGGUGUAGACAAACAAGGCAGACUGCUGCCCACUGUUGUGCCAGGCCCGGGUGAGGACUCUUUGUCCUCAAGGCUUGCUGCCCCCUGGACAUCCCUGCCCUGAGGGCCCCCACCCAGCCUUGCCCAUUCGGGCAUUCAUUUCCAAAUGGCAACUGCUGCUCCCUGGUCCUGUGGCUCAAGCCAGGAAUUGCAGUGGGUGAGGACACUGUGACUCCCCUCAGCUGUCACGGAGUCCCAUGGCUUUUGCCUUUAAAGCAUCCCUCCUCUGGAGCCCUGCAAGGACUCUUUAGGGAGAGUUUUCGGGGUUCUCCAGGGAUCUUCACCCUGUCCACCUCACUGGGCUUCCUGCCCCAGUCCCACCCCCUCCUGCCCAUCCUCCACAGGGCAGCCAGAGCGCUCUCUCUGAACCACAAACCAUAUGGCUCUGCUGCCCCUUGUUUAAAGCCCACCAUGGCUCCAUGCUGCCCUCCGCACCACUUCUUGGCCUGGCUCUUGCUCCCCUGGCAUCAUGUUGGAACAUUCCCUCCUAGAACCCUCCCAGUGGUCCUACUGAGCCACCAGCAGCUCCCUCAUGCCCCCACACAUUUGCACAUGCUCUUCCCUGUACUUGCGGUGCUCUCUCCUCCCUCAUCCAGGUGACCAAUCCCCUAUGCCUCAAGGGUCCUUUCUGCUUCCUUUGGAGAGAAACUCUGCAUCCGUUAAUGAGCCCGAACUUCAAGCUUCAGUAUUACGGGAUGGCUAGACAAAGUGGCCCUGUCACUUCGCCCUUGGGAUCUCUUGUGACCUCAGAAUACUUAGCUACUGCGUCCUUUCCACUGUGGCCCAAUUUGUGAUGCGAAUCCCCCCCGGGGAAAGCAGACACUGGCUGGAUCUUUCCAUUGUGGUUUCAUGGAUUCAUAAGGCAUGCUUCUGGGAAGUAAACCUCUCUUAGUGGCUGGUUCUGAGGCUGUCACAGGGAGUCUAGACCUCUCUUGGAGAGAUCUCUUCCACAACUCAGGGGGCUGGCAUGCUGCGUCCAGAAGGGCAACUCGCUUGGCACCCCUAUCCUAUUCCCUGUAGUGAACUAUCUGGGACCACCUUGCUUGGACUCCCUGUGUCCGGCUGCCUUUACACAGGGGCCAUCGUCCUCUUCUGAGGUCAAGACUCAGAGAGGCGAAGCCCCAGGCUCACUAGGCUCCAGCAUGCCCAUUCCAGCAAGAGCCUCGUCUUUUUUCACCGCAGUCCUCCCCGCAGCACAAACACAAACUCACACAGCUGACCUCUUCCUCCUCGGUUCUCCCCAUCACCUCUCUACUUCUUAUCCUUCCGUCCCUGGCAUAGAUCACACCUGUGAUGCCUGCCACAACCUUCCUCUCACAGUAGCAACCCCGGCGAGCAAAGGAUUCCUUCCCAGGUCCCUGAUAGGCGAGCACGCCGAGCCAGCACUUAUAGGCCCUGCUCCUAGCUGAUUGGGUGCCUGACACAAGCCCACCCAUAGGCCGACAAGCUUCUGCCUAUGAGCUGGCUUAGAACAGAAGCUCCGCCCAGUCAGGGAGGCCCGGCCUGAACUGGCCAAUCAGAUUUCUGUCAGUCUUGAGCAUUUCAACUCAGGGUCUUAAGAAGGGAGGUCCCUGGGAGCAGGUGCCUGUGCAAAAGGCUCUUGGAGAAGCCUGAGAAGGAGGAGUUCAACCUCGUUAGCGGAGGGCACUGGGUUCUGCUAUAGAGACACCCGCUGACAGGGGGCUACCGACGGUUCGCUUAAGAUUCUCAUUUUCCUUAAGUCCGAAAUAAACUCCCUUUUCCUGA